GUAUUAAUAAAGUAUUAAUUAAUGUAAUAAUCUCUGCCUGUGGCAUGCACAUGUUCACUUUUUAUGGACUAAACUUUAGCUUUUCGCCGACCCGCAUCGACUCAGAUUACAUUUAUCACCCUGCGUUGUUUAGUAAUAAUAUAAUUUAAUAGGCUAUAUUUUUAACAUCACAACUAUUAUACCCAUAAUGAUAUUUUAUUGUUGUCACAUCAUUCUUCUUACUCAUUCAUAUAAAGAAAAUGUGAUAACGACGAAAACAAAUGGUAAAAAUGAAAUGUAUGUCGACGCAAACAGUAUAAAUGGGCACAUUAUAAUAUGGCCAUACAACAAAGCCGGAACCAUUACAACAUUAUUAACAGUUUCGUUUGUGAUAAUAACAUGCAAUUCACAAUUCAAAUAUAGUUACAUUGCGAUUUUUGCUUUGUUGUCUUCAGACUAGAUGCGACAUGAACAUCAUUUCUUUUUAUCUGUUAUUUAUCUACUAUUAAAGUAAAUUGUUCAUAGUAUAAGUACUUUUUUUAAAUAAAUGUAAAUCUAACGGACCCCUCAAGGCUUUCUAUUCAUUGUAGCGUUAAGCGCAAUUUAAAAUGUUUCUGCAUAAUCGCGCUUUGGAACAUUAACUUCACGGUAAUGACACAAAAACACACCAACUCAUUACAAGGGAAAUUUUAUAUUAUUAAUGACUUAUUUUUAACUUUACACAUCAAGGUGCAAUAACGCGGAUAAAUAAGUAUAUUUCCACUUCCUUAUCAGGCGGUCGCAAUUAAAUAAAGCGUCCAGGACGUGAGCGUUCGAUUUGCAGUGAGAAAGUGGCGUGUGUAACAAGUACAUCAUCGAUAAUGGUACCUCAAUACAAAUUGACUUACUUCAAUCUAAAAGGUCUUGGCGAACCUCUACGGUUCCUUUUGAAGUAUGGGAAUUUGGAUUUCGAAGAUAUCCGCUACGAACUCAAAGAUUGGCCUCAAAUUAAAGAUAAGCAGCCUUUUGGUCAACUUCCCACUCUCGAACAUAACGGUAAAGUAGCUGUACAAAGCAUUGCGAUCGCUCGUUAUUUGGCCAAGCAAGUCAAACUUACGGGAGCUAAUGAUUGGGAAGAUUUGGAAAUCGACUCCGUAAUUGAUACUAUUACUGAUUUAAGAGCGAAAAUAAUCAGUAAUCAUGAAAACGAAGAAGCCAUGAAACAAGUGCGCAAGGAGUCGAUUCCGUUUUAUUUGAAUCGUUUAGAAACGAUUGCGAAGAACAACAAAGGUCAUUUGGCAGUCGGAAAAUUGACAUGGGCAGACGUCUACUUCGCCGGAGCUUUGGACUUUAUAAAUGCGAGAGCAGGGGUAAACAUAAUCGAGAAAUAUCCAAAUCUACAAAAAGUUGUCGACACUGUCUUAACAAUUCCGCAGAUCAAAAAAUGGGUAGCAACUCGUCCCAAAACCGACCUAUAACCUGUGAUUAAUAUAAAUACUGACGAAGAAAACAUUAAUAGAAUUUGCCUAUCCAUUUCGAUUAAAAUAGUGACGAAGCAUUUCUUAUUGUUGAAAAGAUUAUUAGAAUGUAUCACUUUGAAAUGUACCUCCUUAUUAUUCCUAAUUUAAAUUAUUAAUGUGUCCAAUUGUAAGUACAUAAUAUGUAUACAAGAGCAAAACGUUUUUAAAUAGAUAUGCAUUUCAUACAGUU